AUGCCCCUUGUGAUGGUGCAGCCCAAGAUCAAGUAUGUGGCAGAGUGCGCCCCAGCCCCAACUUCGUCCGUGCGUACGCUGGUGCAGGGCAACCAUCCUUCGCUUCGAGAGUUUGUCCACGACAACCAGAGCGAACUCGCGACGUCCGAAUUUAAGGAUGCGGUGCGGUGGCCAGUGCUCGUCCUUGUGGCAGUCAUUCGGUUCUUCACCGGUGUCCAGCUCGUACUCGUCGGCCUCAUGCAUUUGAUCGUGUCGCCGCGCCAAGUUGUCCUCUUGCAAAUGUGGACAACCAACAACUUGGUUGGAGUCGUUUAUGUGUCGGUUGGUGCUGCCAUGCUCGUGCUGUGCAUGUCCAUGCUUGUUAAGCCUCGCCGACAUCGUAAGCAGAAAGCCAUCGAGUCGACCCGACCCUGGAAACGGAAAGCGGACAUUGUCGUGGGGUUUGCCUGUUUGAUUGGACUUGGAGCCCUCGCCGUGCCAUUCUGCCUUCGCCAGUCCCUCGUCGCCAUGCAAGCGACAGGUGUCCUGACUGUCAACGUCGUCGUGUCGUUCGUGCUCUCUAUUGUCCUUCCGUUUUGCAUCGUUCAGCCCACAAUCGCAAAGUACCUGUCGUCGGGGGUGUACGGCCUCCUCUUCACCAACGAAGAAUUCGUUGUGAACGUCUUCUCGGCACGCCAAGCAUCUGUAUCAUCCCUUGGCGACUUGAUCACUAAGUUGUGCCCGAUCGUGGCCAUGCACCACACCAUGCGCAACCUCACCAUUGGUUUCGGACCACCCCACCAUGUCCCACGCCACGUGCAUCACUUAAAAGAGAAGACGACGAUGUCGACCAUCUCGGAAGCCGGCGAACCAUCAACGACCAGCGGAUCGUCGGUACUGCUUUUGUGCCGCCGCACACUCUUAAAGUACGCUGGUGACACGAGCCGACGGCCGAUCCAGGUCUCAACAGGAAGAACGCUCCAGCAGUCACCGACCCACAUCACAGCUCCCACGCCGUCCUUACCCUCUUGGACAGUGCGCCAGGUCCCCAAACGCUUGACGAAACGAUGCAAUAAUUGCUCAAUUGUCGACGGAGCGCCCAUGACAUUAGACAACCAGGUAUUUGUGCGACGGUUUGUAUCGUUCCACGUCGUGUUGGGCGUCGUCGUCAUGGGGCUGGCAGUGUACAGCUAUGCGACGCGUCCACGCUGCCCCGCGUACUGCGCCCAGCACGUUGCCCCUUGGUUUGCCUCGACUUGCGGAUGCAUCUACGUGAAUGUAGAUUGCGACAAACUCAACAUAUCGGGGUCCACUUCGGACAUGGAGGGCAUGUUGACGGCCGACACAAUUGGGUCGUCUGUCUUUUGGGUUCAAAUCGCUAAUUGUGACGUUGCCAAUGGUCUGUCGCCUCGUACGAUGCAGCAACUCCCAGCUCUCUACGGGAUUUCGCUGUGGCAAACGCACCUCUCGGACUGGACCAUGCCGGAAACGGUGUGGCCGGCGCAGUUGACCAAGAUCAGCCUGCAGCACAGUCCGCACCUGACCGAAGUUCCACAAGUGCUGUCUCCGCUGCCGUCGUCUGUGCAGGUCUUGUUUCUUGUCGGGUGUGGCAUCACCGAGCUAUCUAAUUCUACCGUGCAAUCAUGGCGACGUCUACGGCAGCUUUGGAUUUCCCAGCUUCCGAUCACGACCUUGCCUCCAUCCAUCGCCACGCUCGAAAUGCUCGAUGGCCUUCGUCUCAACAACAAUCGUCUGGUGUCCUUUUCCGUUGACACGAUCCGAACGAUGGCGACCUUGGAGGUGCUGUCGCUGUCAUCCAACAACCUGACGUUGUUGCCGUGGGGCAAACGAGCAAUUGAGACGGACGUGGCGGACAACCCGAUUGCGACCUUGCCUCGCGAGCUGUCUGUGGACUUUUUAGCGACUGGAGUGGUGACGGUAGCCAGCACUGUGUUUUGUGCAGUCCAACUCAAGCAAAAUCCGACGAAAUGGGCCACCAUCUGCCACCCGCUCUGUGCCCCACACUGCUCGAGCCAACUGGUUGGGAACGGUCUGUGCGACGUGUCGUGCUUGGUGCCACAAUGCGACUACGACGGAGGGGAUUGCAACGAGUUCUUUGCACCAGGAGAUGGUCAGUAA